AUGAAAAAAGCUGCUGAAGCGACCAAAUGGGAAGGUUUUGUGAAAUUCGGUGCUGCUUCAUCCACGGAAAUGACUGGAAAAAAUUUUGAUAAAUGGCUCAAAGAUGCUGGUGUUAUUGACGGUAAAACAAUUACGACAACAAUGACCGGGAUAGCCUUUUCCAAAAUUACAGGGACCAAAAAAAAGGCAUCGUUUGCGGAAACUAAACGAGUUUUAGCUGCUGUUGCUGAAGACCGCGCAAGAACAUCAAAAAAGGAACCUCAGGAAGAACUGGACGAGAUUAUCGAGAAACUAUCAAAACUGGAAGCCCCAUCCCUGAACAGUCCCUCCAGAACUUCCGCAGAAGGUGUUUACAGCCGCCUAACCGAUCAUACAAAGUAUACCGGUGCCCAUAAAGAAAGAUUUGAUGCCACAGGGAAAGGUAAAGGGAAGUUAGGACGAGUGGACCCCAAGGAUGACUCUGGGUAUGUCAGUGCUUAUAAGAACCGAGGCACUUACGACAAAACCCAUGGCAAGCAGUGA